UCAAACUUCGCACAUCUCACCGCUGGUCAGCGCGGAGCGCCUGAGCCACCACCCACUAGACCCUGUCCCCAAUCAGCCAAUAUUUGCAAGGCAAGGCCGCCGCCGCCGCGAUGGGGAGGCUCAGCGCCAAGUCCGACUACGAGUGCCUCCGCGACGCUCGCAUCUCCGAGAACAUGGCCCGAAUGGAGAUGCUCGGCCUGCUCCGCUGCGCGGGGGAGCUCAGCAACAUCGCCUGCUCCGCCUCCAGCAACCGCGCGGCCGGGAGCGCGACCCCCCGGAAUCGGAAGCCCCCCAGGCCGCGGGCGAUGAGCAUGACCCCGCUCCGCCGCUCCAUCCGCCUCGCCGCCGCGACGCCGACUGGAUCCCCGUCGACGAACCGCCGCUCCGCCCGGUUGAACGGGCAGUCUGUUCAGCACAAGGCGCUGCCUCCCAAAGGAGCUUUGAGUAAGUUGGCGGCGGCCGCGGCGGAGGAGACAGACGAUGACGAUGACGAUGACGAGGAGAAUCUGGCGUUGUUGGUGGACAAGAAGAGGGUGCAGGCGCUUCAGGAGAGGCGAUGCGACAGCAAGGGAAGGGGAGGCGUGUACGACCCUGUUCUUGGGAUCUGUUGCCAUUUCUGCAGGCAGAAGAAAUUGUGCGGCGAGGAGGACUGCAAGCGCUGCGGGAAAGGUGAUCUGAAGCAGCCGUGCUUAGGAAAGACGGAUUGUUCAUCUUGUCAUUCUUCGAAUGGGAUACUCUGCCGUGCUUGCCUGAAAGUUAGGUACGGCGAAGAGAUGGAAGAGGUGAGGAAGAACAAGGAUUGGAUGUGCCCUCACUGCAUUGAGGAGAAGGGUAUCAAGAAGUUCUGGAUAUGCAACAGCUCCUUCUGUCUGAAGAAGAGGAAGAUACCACCAACUGGGAUUGCCAUAUACAAUGCAAGGGAACAAGGAUACGAAUCAGUUGCGCACCUUCUCAUGGACAGGCUGAAGCGACAAGCAUUCUGACAAUGACUGGUUUUCACAUGUUCAAUGCUUCAGUGAUUUAGUGAUGAUGGUUGCGACUGUAGUGGGAGUUCUGUUUUCUGGUAGUUUAGAUGUUAAACAUCUUAUCCUCUUAGUACAAGUAUCUCUGUUGAAAUGGUACACUUUUGCGCCCAGGAAUGUGAAGUUAGGAGCUCUACCACUAGAUGGUAGACAUCUUAUCCUCUUAGAAGUGUUUGCUGAAAUGGUACACUUUAGCGUCCAAGAAUGUGGCUUCAGAGAUCAGACAGUAACAAUGGUAGUUGUAAUGGGCCAAUUUCAACUUGUCUAUUUAUCGUAUCCGUGUUGUGUACUUGUGUUGAGGAACAGAGCAAGGACGAGUGAUUUGAACGUAAAACGAAGUCAAUGCUGCUGCAUGCUUAGUC